AAAGUAUGCGGACACCUGAUCAUCACACCCAUAUGUGCUUGUUAUACAUUUCAUUCCAGAUUUAUUUGUUAUAAUAGCUUUUCUUUGAAGGCUUUCCACUAGAUUCUGGAUUCUGGCUGUGGGAAUUUGCUCAUUCAGCUACAAGAGCAUUGGUGAGGUCAAGCACUGAUGUUGGGUGAGGAGGCCUGUGGUGCAGUCAGUGUUUCAGAUCAUCCCAAAGGUAUUCAGUGGGGAUGAGGUCAGGUCACUCGAGGUCUUCCACUCCGACUUUGGCAAACCAUGUCUUCAUGGAGCUUGCUUUGUGCACAGGGGCACUGUCAUGCUGGAACAGGUUUGGGCCUCUUAGUUCCAUCCUUCCAUCCAUUUUCUGUACUGCUUAUUCUAUACAGGGUCAUGGUGAGCCUUCAGCCUAUCUUGGGGGAUGAGAGAGGCACCCUAGACAUGGUGCCAACCCAUCACAGGGCCCAAUCACACACAUACACACUCACACACUACAGACAAUUUAGAGAUGCCAAUCAGCCUAAAACGCAUGUCUUUGUACUGUGGGAGGAAAUGUAUAUCCGGAGGAAACCCUUGAAGCAUCGGGUGAACAUGCAGGCUCGCAGGCCAGAGGCAGGAAUUGAGCCCCCAACCCUGAAGGUGUGAAUUGUUUUUUUUUUUUUCGUUUUUUUUUUCGUUUUUUUUUUCCCACUUCAGCAUUUAACAAUUUUGCAUUUCUAUUGUUUGGCAAUUUAACUGUUUUAUUUUUGGUUACCUUUAUUUCUGUUAAACUGCAAACACCUUUUUUUGUAUAAUUUGAAAGGUGUAUAAAAUUGUAAGUAUAAAAAAAUGUAAGUAAAGUUUAUUAUAGUGUAAAUGGUAUUGAGAAAAUGCUUCCAGCAUGAAGGUAUGACAGUUUGGCACAACCCAGGCUUUUUGGACGUCUACAGCAUUGUGGGCGUGGUCAUUGCUAUGUGUCUAAUGUUGUGUGGGCGUGUCAGUGUGACAGGUUCAGCUUCCUCUUUUAGAUUCCUCGCAAAUCAGUCUGCUCUGCUGAAGUGUCUAAUUCUCAGUAAAUCUGUUCUCAGUGACCUGAAGCUGCAAUGAGUGUAUGCAGCUCCACAUUCAGUGGUCCAGAGGAUAUGGACGAGUUGGAGUCGGUUGGUUGGUACCAUUAUGACUUGUCCCGGCAUGCUGCUGAGGCUCUGCUCAUGUCAAAUGGUGUUGAUGGGAGUUUUCUGCUCAGAAACAGCAACAAGGGACCCGAAUGCUUUGCCCUGUCUGUCAGGGCAAAGGACUCGGUGAAGCACUUCUACGUCCAGCGGCAGAACGGGAGGUAUUCUUUUGGAUUCAACGAGUUUUCAUACCUUCAGGAUUUCACCAGUCACCUUGCCAAUCAGCCGCUACUGGGCAGUGAGACAGGUAGCCUGAUAGUGCUACGGUUCCCGUACCCCCGACAGGUGGAGGAGCCAUCCAUUUACGAGUCUGUCUGUGUGCACACGACUAUACAGACAGGACGGAGUGAAAGUGACUUGGUCCCCAGUGCUCCAUCACUUGGCACAAAAGAGGGCUAUCUGGUGAAACAAGGAGGCAUCAUAAAGAACUGGAAACAACGAUGGUUCACACUGAACAGAAACGAGCUAAAGUACUUCAAAGACAAAAUGUUUCCACAACCUAUUCGGACCCUGGAUCUGACUGCAUGCUCUGCCGUUCAGUUUGAUUACAGCCAGGAGAGGGUUAACUGCUUCUGUCUAGUGUUCCCUGAGAGGACGUUUUAUUUGUGUGCAAAAUCAGGCGUGGAGGCUGAUGAAUGGAUAAAGAUACUACGCUGGAAAUUGUCACAGAUAAGAAAAGGAAGAUGAUGACCAUAAUGUGGAAAAGAUGAAAAGGAACAAGUAGGAGUGUGAGCUGUGAGGGCAGUUAGGAAUGAUAUAAUAGGAUGAACUUAGUCAGAGUACAGUAUCAGCUGUGGGUUUGUAUUUGCUCCUGUGGCCACUGUAAUCUGUGGUGUGAAGAAUGUCUGUGUCUCAGAUGUGACUCUCUAAGGAUGGCUAAGUAAGUCCUGACCUUCUGUUAUGCAGACCACAUAUGGAGAUGUUGAAUUUCAGUGAUCAAAUGAAGGAAGAGAAUGGGCCUAAUGGCAUUUACAAACUGACAUCAUUAAUGGUGUAACUAAUUAAGCUUUCCACUGUGGAACCAUGAAGUGCCUGUAGUUGUGCAAUGCAUGCUGUAGUUGUGCAAUGCUGCAUCAGUGCAAUGCAUUGCAAGUUAUUCAUAAAAUACUAAAACCCUGGAUGGAAACAGGAAUUUAACUUUGUACUAAGUAAGAAAUAUAAAGGCAGCUACACUGGUGACCCCUACCUCAUUAAAUUAUGGUUAGCAGUUCUUGAAAAAAGGGUUGACAAUCAGCACAUUGAUCAGUGUUUCAACUAUAAGUUUCAGUUUUUGUUAUGUAUAGACCCACCGAACAUAUUGGAAUGGCAUGGCUAAUUCUGUAGUUUUUUCCCCCCCAUACAUUUGGGUUUGACAUUAAAAGUUGAACAUAAGAUGAUACAUCAGAAUAUCAAACUUUAUUUCCUCAUACUUGCAUCUAGAUGUGUUAAACAAAUUGGAACAUAGCACCUUUUGUUUGACCCACCCAUUUUUCAAGUGAUCAAAAAUAUUGUGACAUGCGACUGAUUGAUUGAUGGUUUAAACAUUUAUUAGCUCUGAAUGUCUAUUCUUGGUUUGAGUCAUGGGUUUCACCUUUGAAGACUACAUUUGUUGUUAAAAAGGAUAAACCAACAUGAAGGCCAGAGAGAUGUCUGUGGGAGAAAAGCAAACCCCCAUUCAGUGCCUCUGCCUCCCCACCCCAAAAAAGAAAAAAGAAAAAAAAAAAACAACUGACGUAAGCUGUGGUAAAAGCCUGGAAAAGCAUUACAAAGGGAUUGUAAUUAGUUCAGAGAAUUGCUUUGUAUAGGAACAUGGGGCUGCAUUUCACUGGACCAGGUGCACCUGUCCUUCAAGAUGUCCCUACAUUUGUUGCUAAAUUCUGUAGUUGCUUUAACACAAGGAGGAAGUCAAACACUUUACAUGGUCUCAUUAUAGAAUAUUCUAGAGAAUAGUCUGUAGUAGAUUACUUCCUCCUACUUGAUUCAUAAAACCAUAUUUAAUAUUUGAAUUGUGCAGUAAGACCUUUUCCAGAAGAAUUGAAUGAGUUUUUUUGUUAUAUAAAUCGUGAUCUUGCUCCAUAUUGAUAUUAUUGUGUUAUCCACCAGCUUUUGGGUUCAGCAUGUCUGAUGGAGUAAUAUGUGUUCAUUUAACAUUGUACCAUUGACUGGAGUGAUGGCAAAAUUAUGUAAAACAUGAAUAAUGAGUAAAGACUGCUGUGCAUCUAUGUGUACAUGCUUUUGUGAGAAGAAAAAAAAAAUUAGUUUACAUUUGUCCUCAUGCUGGUUUCAGAUAAUGCUUUGAGAUAACACUGUGAAAAUGGGGGG